AUGGCGACGAACGGGAAUCUUCCAUCGGGGGCCUUUAUCACAACUCUGUCGGGAAAGAGAUGUACGGCGAUACCCAAGGCGAAGAACGCGAGUAGUGGUGGAGGAGGCGCUACUUCGACAAGUACCAGUACUACAUCGACGUCGACAUCAUCGUCCUCGUCGUCUUCCUCGUCCUCAUCAUCAUCGUCAUCAAGUUCGUCUUCAUCAUCUACAUCGACUUCAUCUACUACUUCGACCUCGACCACGGCACAAGCCACAACAACGGAAGCUGCUGCGCCAGCAGUACCGCCAGCAAUUGCACCAGUCUUCACAGAUACACCUACGACUGCUGCUGCUGCUGUUCCUCCUCCUCAGCAGACCCUGACUAGUGCCACCAGCGCUACCAGUAUUGCUCAGAUUGGUACGCAAGUUUCGCCGGUUGCACCGAUACAGACAACUAGUUCUGUUGCGGUCGCGCCGUUGUCUUCUGUCACGGUUCCUACUACUACACCUGUGGUUGCGAUCCCAACAACACCUGAGAGCGAGCUUCAAAGUCAAGCUACUCAAGCUGAUAAUAAUAAUGAUCUAGCAUCCUCAGCAUCAGCCGUCGAGACAACGUCAGCCGCGGCGCUCGAGUCUCUAAUCGCUCCCGUUGAGUCUUCGGUACUUUCAGAGUCUUCGACAGCGGCGGCAGAAUCAUCUAUAACGGCAGGCAAUGCUGCCCUGCUGACAACAAUCGGGACUGCCACCAAUGCCAAUGGAGGACAGGCAAAGGUAACCGAAUCGACGACAGCAGGGAGUGCUACAUCCGCAGCUGGCAGUACCAACGGAAUCAGCACUUCAACGACGGUAGCCGUGGUCGGCGGUGUUGUUGGAGGAGUAGUAGCAUUUGCUUUGAUAGCAUUUCUCGUGUGGUUCUGGCGCAAGAGGAUACGCCAAAAGCGCAGAAGCACAUUACUUACACCCUUGGGUCCCGAGUCAGGAUUCGGCAAUGCCAGCGAAAAGGUUCCAUAUUCCAUCAGUCGGGAUUCAAUUGGGCCAACAGGACUAGCUGAAAAACUGAAGGCUGCUGUUGGUGUCAAUGUUCGAAAGUUCCGGGGCCGUUUCGGUGGUGGCCACAGUCCCUCGUCCAGCGUCAAUCUGAACAGGGGCAAUUCUCAAUAUCUCGAACGCCCUUCUCACAGCCGGGAGACUUCGGCGGAUUUUGGCACUUCCGCUAAGGAUCGUCUCCUUGGGUUCUUCGGUCGCUUUAACGACAAAGUGCGCAGUGAGCGCGAUGACAAUUUGUCGUCGAGCACACGAAAUGCAAAGCCAAUGGCUGCUCGCUCGAAUUCGCAACCAGACUUCCUGACCCUAUUGAGCAUGGAUGACAAACAACUUGCAGCUCAGGCAACUCAAGGUCGCACAAGUAUGAGCAACCCGAGACGGUCUCAGAGUGCGGGCUCCAACGAGCACUUCUUGGGCCGCCUGAAUCUCGACUUUGAUUCAGCAAAUCCCUUUUCGGAUGAUAAUGCCAUGACGCGCGACUCGGCAAAGGUAGCGCCUCUGACCAUCAUGAACCCAGAUAACCCCUUCUCGGAUGCCAACGCUGUACGGCCACCAACGGCGACCAAGCAGGCAGGGCCAGCCACAUAUGUACAAAACAUUCGCCGAUCCCGAGGCAUGUCUGUUGGCGGUGCCACCACCAGACCUCCCAGCACCAAUGCGCCGAGCGUCUGGCGAGAGUCAUCAGCUUCUGUCGAAUCAUUUGCGACACGAAGGAACAAGUUCAGAUCAGAUCCCUUUGAUCUCGACCGGCCAGAACUCUUGUCCUCGUCUGCAGGCUCACAGGUACCAAUGCUCCCACGCGACAGUCGAGCUAGCAGCAGCCGUGUCCGAGUGAGCGGCGGCGGCCCCUUGCCGCCACACCCAGCCCAUACACGCAACCCCAGCUUGACGAGUAGCAAAUACUCGAGCGGCGUUGCCAGUAUUGACCAAUGGAGUGACCCGGGACCUGAUGUAGGCCCGGGAAGCUCGAGAUAUGACAGCCCAACGCUCACGGGAGGAGAGCGAAAGGUGACGGGUGGUGCUAGGAGAAGCGGUGCCAGCCAAGGCAGCCAAGGGAGUGUCGGCAAGGCAUAUUAA